AUGGUGGACCUGUGCCUUGAAUCUCCAUGCAGCUCAUUCCGCAUGGGAGCUGUAAACGGAGGACCUGUGCCUUCAUUCUCCAUACAGCUCAUUCCGCAUACAUGGGGCAAAUCCCCCCUCUCCCAACCGCUCCAGACAUGGGGCAAAUCACCCCCACCGCUCCAGCCAUGGGGCAAAUCCCCCCUCUCCCACCGCUCCAGACAUUGGGCAAAUCCUCCCUCUCCCACCGCUCCAGACAUGGGGCAAAUCACUCCCACCGCUCAAGACAUGUGGCAAAUCACCCCCUCCGCUCCAGACAUGGGGCAAAUCACCCCUUUCCCACCGCUCCAGACAUGGGGCAAAUCACUCCCACCGCUCAAGACAUGUGGCAAAUCCCACCGCUCCAAGGAUGGGACAAAUUCCCCCUCCCCCACCGUCCCAGACAUGGGGCAAAUCACCCCUCUCCCACCGCUCCAAACAUGGGGCAAAUUCCCCUCCCCCACCGCUCCAGACAAGGAGCAAAUCCCCCCUCCCCCACCGCUCCAGACAUGGGGCAACUCGCCCCUCCCCCGCCGCUCCAGACAUGGGACAAAUGCCCCCCCCCCGCUCCAGACAUGGGGAAAAUCUCCCAACCGCUCCAAACAUGUUGUAAAUCCCCCUCCCCCACCGCUCCAAACAAGGGGAAAAUUUGCCCCCGAUAGUGAAUUUACCCCCAGUGGCUAUUUACAUCCAUAUACAUAUAUUUACCCCCAGAGGGAAAUAUUGUCAUAUAAAUGA